AUGGAACAAAACAAAAGUGACACGAGGACCAGAGCAGACAAGGAAACAAAUUCUUUAUUUUUAAGAAAGGAAAUAUUCGACCAUGCAAUUAUAUACACAACUAACAAGAUAGAGGAAGGCGCUUUACUAAUUUAUUUAAAAAAUUUAUAUGAGCAUUUUAAAAAGUUGAAGAAGGAGAGGGAGCACGGUGGGAGUGUCAACCAUGAUGAUCAAAUGUAUGUCACGCUGGACAGCUGGCUAGGUUACAAUGAAGUUAUAAAAGGACAAGACCAUAUUUGUUCUUCAAACUUUACCCAUAAUGUAUGCAAAUCUUUGUGGAUUCUCUUAAGUAUAACUUUGCAGAGUGUAAAGAAGAAGAACAAUGUGAAUGGGCAGAGGACUAUAUUUAACGCGUCACUGAACGAGUUGAACAGGGAGUGUGAGGGGAAGAAGGAUCGUGAAGAAAAGGACACGCCUCAAGAUGUGUGGAAUGAAAAUUGGGUAGAAGAACAAGUGUCCAUAGAGUUACUAACAUUUUUUAUAAUAUUACAAUUUUUGAAAAUAGAUAAUGUGAAAAGGAAAUACGAUAAAAAUUUGAGUGAAGAUAGUUGGCCUCAUUUUUGUAAUUCCCCCAGGUCAUUGUCCAAUUCCUCUUCCGCAUUAAGUGCAAAUGGAAUCGUCAGCAGCAUGAAUGGUAGUAGCGGUCCAGGUACUUGUACACCCAAAUCUAACCUCUCCGAUUUCUUCCAUUUUUGUGGUAAUAAUUAUAAGCAUUUUUUGAAGACAUAUCUUAUUGCCUUUUUAUGUGCAACAGAUAUUAUUAAUAGUAGCAGCCUGACGCACAUUCCCCUCUACUUUAGAAGCGAACAUCUCUUCCUGCUCGAUUUUAUAGUAGACACCAAUGACCAUACGAAUGUAUAUGAGAGGUACCUACAGAAAAAUGAACCAAAAAUUUUGUACAAAACAAAGGAUAUACUAAAUUGGUUGUUAACAAAUUUGUGUAUGCCCGAUUGUGCUAGUGAUGAUAUGGUCAAGGGGGUCUCAAACAAUGGGCAAAGUCACCCACCAACCACACACUCUUGUGCUAGUAAAAACCCGAGCGCAACGCACUACGGCAUUGAAAAUAUAAAUAACGACAUUUAUACGAUUACAAAUGUUCAAGGCAAAACCAUAUACAUAACAAGUGAUAAAAAUAUUAUUAACAUAAGUAAUUGUAAAGAGUGUAAUAUUUUUAUUUUUUCUAAAGUCGAAUAUUUGAAAAUUCAUUUGUGUGUAAACUGCUGCAUCAUUUCGUUAGCCGUGGAAAUGAUUGCUACCUUUUUUAACUCCCAGAAUUUGGACGUGCACUUGGUCACUAGAAGCCUCAAGAUUGAAAAUGUUAUUGACACCAAUGUAUAUGUUUACACGGAAACAAAUAUUAUUAUUUUUGGUGACACGAGAAACAUUCAGCUUGCUCCUUAUAACAUUUUAAAUAAGAACCAGAGGAGGUGUCUUCGCAAAAGCAGGAUUUCCUUUAGCAGCAAAAAUUGUGACCUCUUCGCCUUUCCCCUCAAGUGCAAAAUAAGCUUGUUCCAUUCGGUCAGCACAUCACACGGGAUGAACUUGACCCACUCAGCGAGUUUGUCAGGUGGAGCAAAUUUCCCUCUCUCCCGCCGCACGGACAAGAGUGGGAAGAGCGCCACGUCUGGCGUUGGCGCUGCUAUUGGCGAAGCCGAUAUGGGUGCAACUACCUACAGCGACACUACUUCAAACCAUGUGAACGCGACGGAAGAGAAAAACGAAGGAGUGUAUGCAAAACCAUUUGACAUGACCAACCUGAACAGUUCAUUCACCGACUAUGUGUACUAUUUGCUGAGUCCAUCCAAAUUUUUUCUCACCGAGUUUCCCACCCCUAAUUUCGCGUCAGAUGGUGCAGGCAGGGCCUUGUGUGGGCAGCAUCACGAAGAGGAUUGCGCCAACAAUGUGAAUAACCGCCACUACAACCCCGAUGGGAAGGAAGUACCCCCCGCAGAAGGCACUUACAAAACGGAAGAGAGUCAAACGUAUGAAUGCCUCUACCUCCCGGAGGUUUAUAAAAAUGCUAUCGAAAGUCAAGAUGAUCACAUUUUACAAUUUUUAAGUUUCAUGGAGAGCAUCCAUUUGUCAGGUGCGCAAAUGCAAAAGGUGAAAAAAAUACUAACGUAUAAAUUGUAUGCAUAUUCGAAGACUUCCAAGAAGGCAUUCCGAGUGCUCAGCGAUUUUGUCUCCCAGGGGCAGGACGCGCCGGGCUCUUCCUAG